GGAGACGGAAACAAUCGUGCUCGGCCCGUCCGGCAAGCCCAAGCUCAAGUGUCCGCAGUGCGACAAGAUGUUCAGCAACAAGCAGAGCCGCUCGCUGCACAUUAAGGCGGUGCACGAAGGCGUGAAGCCGUAUGUGUGCAUCGAGUGCGGAGCUACAUUCGCGUAUCCGCGCUCGCUCGCGCUGCACGCACAUUCUCACCGGAGGGCGCAGCCGACCAAAGGCUUCGCCUGCGAUCUGUGCGGGAAGGUCCUGAACCACCCAUCAUCAGUAGUAUACCACAAAGAAGCUGAACACACAGGGCAGCGCUACGUCUGCGGAAAGUGCGGCAAGCUGUUCAAGCACAAGCAGCUGUUACAGCGACACCAGCUCGUCCACUCCCAGGCGCGACCGUACAGCUGCAAGAUCUGCAGCCAAUCAUUCAAGACAAAAGCCAACCUGCUGAACCACGCGCUCCUCCACUCCGGCGUCAAGAGGUUCGCGUGCGAGAUAUGCAAGCACCGCUUCGCGCACAAGACCAGUCUAACGCUGCACAUGAGAUGGCAUUCUGGUCUAAAACCGUACACCUGCAAAACAUGCGGCAAGAGCUUCAGUCAAAAAGGCAACCUGUCCGAACACGAGCGAAUACAUACGGGAGAGAAGCCUUACCAGUGCGCUCAGUGCCCGCGGCGGUUCACCACUUCAUCACAACAUAGACUACAUGCGAGACGACACCAGGCUGAUACUGAGCGGCCUCAUGUGUGCAACCACUGCGGGAAGAGGUUCGUGUGCCGCUCGUCGUGGCUGGCGCACAUGCGGCGCGAGACGCGCGCGGGCGGCGCCGCCAAGCACCGCUGCGCCGUCUGCGGCCGCGCCUUCGCCGAGCGCUGGGCGCUGCUCAAACAUGCGAGGAGACACACCGGGGAGCGACCCUUCCGGUGCCCGCUGUGUCCGAGAGCCUUCGCUGACUGCUCCAACCUCAACAAGCAUAAAAAGCAAGUGCACAAGCAAGUCAGUCUACUCGUGGACAAGAAUCUCCCGGUGGCCACAGCCGCACCUACUGUCCCCACGGCGCCCCCCAGCCCGCAGGACGAGCGCGUCAUAUACGUCGCUUACGACGUUGACUCCGGACCCACGGCCUUCCAUAUUGUCGAGACUGACCAGGUGGAGACAAUAGACAACGACACAGUCCUGAAGGACAACUUAUACUCCGGGUCGUCAUUGCUCCGUCGGCCGGAGCCAGAACCGGAACCGGUGGAACUGAUGGAGGAGGAGCAUGUUCUGGAGAUGGAGCCCGUAGUACUAGAAACUGAGCACAUGCCGGUGACAGACGAGCAGGGCAACCCGCUGCACUUCACGAUGCAGGACGGCACGAGGCUCGCCAUCACCUCCGCCGACGGCAAGUCGCUGCAGGUUAUUACUCAAGAUGGUCAAACUAUACCAGUUGAAAUCAACGGAUUCGCAGAUGAAGAGGAAAUCGAAAGCCCCGACACCAUAGUGCACCAACUCAACCUGCAGAAGACCGUGGACACCGACGGCGGCUCCCACGUCGCUCACUACUUCACCAUCGUCUGAACUCUGAACUACACUCUUCGCAGAGAUCCCGAGUCUGUUUGCCUACAACACUGCUCGCUACUCCCGGUCCAAGCAAACAGUACAGAUGUAAUGAGAAAAGAUUUGCCUUCGUAUUGUUACGGAAAUGUACGAACGUGUCAUGCUAUUUCAGUUAGUCUGCAACAAGAUGUAGUUACAUUGACUUAGCAUGACAAAUACGAACGUUUCCG